AUGCUGGUGGAUGUGAGGUUGGUGGAUGUGAUGCUGGUGGAUGUGAUGCUGGUGGAUGUGAUGCUGGUGGAUGUGAGGUUGGUGGAUGUGAUGUUGGUGGAUGUGAGAUUGGUAGAUGUCAGGUUAGUGGAUGUGAUGCUGGUGGAUGUAAUGCUGGUGGAUGUGAGGUUGGUGGAUGUGAGGUUGGUGGAUGUGAGGUUGGUGGAUGUGAUGCUGGUGGAUGUGAUGUUGGUGGAUGUGAGAUUGGUAGAUGUCAGGUUAGUGGAUGUAAUGCUGGUGGAUGUGAUGCUGGUGGAUGUGAGGUUGGUGGAUACUGUCAGUUACAGAGCACCAGGACCAGCAAAUGAAGACGUCAAUGGCGAGGCUCUGUUGAUCUUCUCUGGGCAACAUGCCAAAUUGUUCUCUAUUGGGAAGAAAGAAACUGCUGAGUUGUGGAAAUAUGCUAAAGAAACAGCAUUUCAUCUGAAACAGAAGCUGGUGAAUCUUGGUGGAUACACAAAAUGGAUUUGCGUGGUCCCUUGUCUACUGGACUGCAAUACAGGGGAAAUGAUACAAAGUGAGACUGCUGGUCACCCCCUGUAUCCUCACAGCUACAGCUUGGGUCAUCUGGAAGAGGUGUUCUCCCGUCUGCUUCUAUUUAGGUGUCUCUUAGGCAUUGUGGUCCUCAGCUUCACCUCACCACUGAGACACAGGCUUGGCUCGGAGAUCAUCAAUCUGCUCACUGAGGAACGGUACAACAUUCUUCAGUUUUAGGAAGGCCAUAAAUGUUUGUUUAUUCAUGGCUUGGCUGGUUCUCGGAAGACAUUGCUAGCGAUGGAGAAAAUCAAGAAGAUAAAAAAUUCUGAACAGUGUAAAUUGGAGAAUAUCCUUUAUCUCUGUGAAAAUCAAGGUUUGAAAGACUUCAUGAGAAAGCGGAAUCUUUGCCUCUGUGACACAAGAUCCAGCUUCAUGAUGAAAGGGGCUUACGCUGAUAUCAAGCAUAUUGUGGUAGAUGAGGGGCAAAACUUCCGCAUCAAGCAUGGAGACUGGUACAGAAAGAACAUCCACGACAACGAUCUCAAGAAGAUAUAA